GUUGAUGCACUUAGUUAAUUCUGAUACCCUCGCACCGCUACUGGCAGCGUGCGCCAGAUGGGCUCCAUGCCGACUCAUUAUAUGUAUACGCUGUACUGCCAUCGGUAAAUGUUGAGAUUCUUCUUGUGCUUUUGCCCUCCCCACACUCGUUCUAUUUUCAUAUUCUUAAUUUCACAUGCUAAAGUAUGAGGCUUUCAGCAAUCAAAAUACUCGCGGUAUGGGGUGUUGCUUGCUUUUGGGAAGCAACAGCCCAGUAUGCAUACACAACUCCGGAGCCCGCUGUUAAUGACUUUAAUUCCGUGAACAUAAUCACUCAAGGCACUAUUGCUCAAUUUGUAUGGCUGAUCAACUCAAUGUAUCAGCCUACCAUCAGUGGAAACACUGUUCUCAACGACGACGGAGAGUGCUCUCUCUGGCUGACAUCCUUUGAGUCCGAGGAUUAUACUUUAUACUUGGCAGCAAACGUGAAAUCCGGUGGAGGUGGAUUGUGGUCUUACAAGGUCGAACUCUCAGACGACGAAAUUAGUGACAAUGAUGGAAAGUUCGUCUAUUGCAUCAAGCCUGUCGUCGAUUCCAUAACCAGCGACUACCCGACAACAGAGGAUGAAGUACCUUCUCGUGGGUUUCUCAUCCAGCAGGCCGUAGAAGUUGGCCCUCACAACCCCGCUACUCUUGCUGCCAAAUCGACAGCAGCUGCCGCGCCGAGCACAGAGGCUGCUGCUUCGUCCGCCCCAGCGGCCGCCACAACGGUGGAAGCCGCUCCGCAGUCCUCGGAUCAAGUUCAGGCUAUAGUCAUAGUGACAGGGCAAGUAGCUUCUUAAACAGUAGCUGACAACACUGCUGCAACAACUACCGGGCACUCAGAGUCUGGCGCCAGUCAAACCGGGAGUACCAAGACAGCUGGAGGGAAGAGUAAGACGCAUACUGGCACAUCCUCAUCCACCGGUACGGCCGCCGCCGCAGCUUCC